AGUCAGUUCGCCGUAGCUCUGCCGACUGGAGGGAUGUGACCCCGGAACAGGACGCCCUCCUACAACAACACACCAUUCAAACAGAGCACAGAAGAAAGUAAACCUGGACCAGGAGGGAGCCACAGGAGCAGGGGGGAUGAACCGCGAGGAGGCCCCGGGAAAGUCUCCUGAAGACAUGUACAUCCAACAGAAAGUGCGGGUCCUGCUCAUGCUCAAGAAAAUGGGAUCAAAUCUUACGCCGAGUGAAGAGGCUUUUCUCCGAAAUUACGCAGGUGUGGUCCACAGUCAGAUGAGCCAGCUACCGCAGCACAACAUAGACCAGGGUGCAGAGGAUGUGGUGAUGGCGUUCUCACGGUCAGAGACGGAGGAUCGACGACAGUGACCCUGGCUCCCGCGCCCCUCGUCCCACCCACCUCACCCCCAAUCCCUCCCUGCACGUGAUCCACACCACCUUUAAUCUCCACAAACACGACCCCUGCUGAGCUCAGGAGAGGAGGUGAAGGGAGGAUGCCUGAGAGGGACAGAAGAGGAUGGGAAGAGACGGGGCGGGGGCUGCCUCACCCUCCACCCGGCCUUUUCCACCCCUCGACUCCUCCUCGUACAAGUCGGCGCACCAUUACCUGAGAUGCACUCAAGUGUGGGUCACUGCGGGCUGAAGCUUUGGCACCAAGGCAGUCAGUGAAAACACUCAGAUCGUGUGGAUGAUUAUCAUUGGGUUUUUUGUUUUUUUAGGAGGGUUUGGAUGUGUAUCGUUCUGUUUGUAUUGGGACUUCUUCUUUUUUUUAGCAGUGUUACAUGUUGUAUCUGCUGUUGCUGGUAGAAUUGACCAGCGGGCUGACCGAAGCAAAGAGAAUUAUAGUUUUGGUCAAGCAGCGAGAGCGAUGAUUGAUGAGUGUUAGAGGAGAGAUUUUGAUUAUUUCUGCUUACCCCGCUGGGCUGAAGUUGUUUUUGGUUUAGCUGUUGUGUUAUAAAGGCUUUUGUUUGCUUUCCACCAGGGGCCUCAUUUAUAAACAUGAAAAAUGCAAAAUGCUCUCCCCUACAGAUACAGAUGUUAACUCGACCCUGCAUUCUGGAAAUAAAGUAAAAUGCGUUGAACCCCAUCAAUAGGACAAAAAAAGACAUAUAUUAUUUUGUAGUUCUGCGGAGACGUAAACAUUCCCAUUAGUGGAGUUUCCGUGUAAUUUGGUAAACAUCCAUCCAUUCUGCCACUUAUCCACGUCCAGCUCAAAGGGAAGGCACUCUGUGCUUAGAUGCUCAAACCUCCCUCCCCCAUAGCAGCUGCCUCCAACUCUCCUACAGGGACACUGAGGCUUUGCCGAGCCAGCGGAGAUGAUGUUAUCUCUUCUAGCUGGACAUGCCCGUAACAUCUCACCUAUAGGAAACCAAGUGCUCUGGACCACCUCAGCUAGCUAGUUUUAGAUGGAGGUGAUAGCAGGGUUACUGUGAACUCCUCCCGGGCGAUUGAGCUCCUCAGGCUAUCUGUUACUCUGCUCGUCUUUCUCAGGAAGCUCGUUUUAGCCGCUUGUAUCUGUGGGCUCAUUCAUGACCCAAAACUGUGCAUGAAGUUGGGAACAUAGAUUCAGUGUAGACCACGCCAGCCCGUGUGUUAAUCUCCCGCUACCUUCUUCCCUUCCUUUGGAAACUCUUCCACUAGACACAUCAACUCAUUUCCAUCCCAGAGUUGGCACCCCAUCCUUUUCUGCCAGACAACCACGCCAGAUUUGGAGGUGCGGAUUUUUAAAUUCGCCCCUUAAUACUCCACACGGAAAUGUCAUCAGCUAAAAGAAGUAAGCCACAGUGAUAUCUAACCCACCUCUGCUCUCCUUCAUCAGAUUAACCCAGAAUGUUUUCAAAAACAAGUAUGACUUGAGAUCUCUGGAAUUUUCUGUGUGGCUUGCAUGAAUACUAGUACGAUCAGCUGAUUGAUGUGUGUAGUAACACUCUCAGCAGGCCCGUCAUUAAUCAUUCAUCUUUGACUACAUGGGUUAGCAGGCUCACGGCAUGACCAGCGGGGUCUAUGUAAAUGAAAAUCGACACAUUUCUCUUUUUCUUUUAUUUCUUUGUGAAAUCCAUGGAUCGGUUUAUAAAUGAGGCCCCGCUUGUUCUUUCUGACGCUUAGUUUUCGACCCGCAGGCUGUAAAAGAGAGAGGGAAGAGUUAAAAACACUACCAGACGUAAUCACAUCAAUCAUGAAACACAAGUGUGCACGUUCACCCCAGACGUGACAUGUAAAAAAAAUUUUUUUUAAUUGUACAGAUAGUUGGGAAAUAGGAAACAUGAAUUAAGUGUGCCAAUUGUUUGACUUUUUUAUUUCUUUAUUUUUUAAGUUGUAAGAUGAAAUUGAGAGUUAGGAAGGAAACAGGCUGUAGUUGUAAUUUAUUGCUUACUGAGUCGACAACCGGCUCUUCAAACACACCAUUAAAGGUGGGAGAACCACGAGUCGCUCUGUAACGUCAUCAACCAUCAGUGGCUCUUUGCUCACACUAAAGUCACAAACUCUAAUUUUUAACUACCUGUAACUAAAGACAUGGCGCCAAACACGAGGAGUGCGUGCGAUACUCUGAGAAUUUAAAAACCUUUCCGCUUCCUUUUGCUUCAGCCGACUUUCAGAAAGGUAACGCAAAGCGGUGCGUUUCUAAAUCCUCGGGAGUAUGUUUCUGACUGUACUGUAUCUAUUGCACUAUUAUCAGUGGGAUAUUUGCAAAAAAAAUACAUUUUGAUAUUUAGCACAGAGAGUCUGUUUGGUUCAGUGGAUUUGAGAACAAAAAAAACUUUGUAAACACGUUUUUAUCCUGUCAGUGUUUAAAAAAUAAAAUAAAAUAAAUCUUGUUAAUUGACACGACUGGAAUAGCUAAGCGGAUAACACCGGACAUGCUUUUAUUUUCUAGUGAACUGCUCAGUAUUAAAUGUGUUUAAGUACAGUUUGUUAACUUGUAUAACUUAAAAUAACUGUAAUGUUUCGACGCCGAGCAUGUCUGCCUCGUGGCUUUUAAUGUUCAUUCAGCCGAGGAUCUUCAAAGCCUUGCCACAAUGACCAUUGUUUGUACAUUCUUGAUGUUUGUGGAAGCUACUAGCUCUUUUAAAAAUGUUUCUGGAGAAAGAAAAACCAACAACAACUAAAAAGAUGAUCUCUUUUUUAUGGGUAAGUGUUAUCCAAGUGUUAUAUCCUGUUGGCAAUAACUUCUAUUUGAAUGUCCUCAAUCAUCGCAAUGUAAAAGGCCAACACAAGAAAUUUGUCUUUAGGUUGACUUUUAUUUUGAAACUUUUUUUUUUGUUGUCUAUGCAUUGAUUUGUUUUCUUUGUUUUGUUCUCUCUGAGGUGUCUUACUGUACUUUUUUGCCUAUCAGGGUUGUUCUGCAGCCUUUUAUUCGAGUUGUGAGUGAAUGUCAGUUUGUGCGAAUCAUUGAACUUUCAGCAUGCUGUUGAGUUGAGACUAGGACUGUGCGUCUUUUUACUGUGAUCACCUGACGAUGGCUAAAUUGUCUUCUUUUUUAAUGUAUGUGUGUUGCCUUUGUUUUGUUUUUUUUCCCCCUCUCAAGUCGAUGUUAAUUAGUUGGUUUCGUUUUGUAUGGCUGCUGACCAUGUCUUGACUCAAUGCUUCCAAAUCCUAUACCAACUGAACAAUUAAAGAACUUUUAAACGGUGAAAA